AUGGAACCUGCAACACCAAGGAAGAAGCUAUCCAUGCUGCCACCAUUACUAGUUGCCAUGAUGCCAGUGGCAUGGGUUUCCCGUUCUAUUCAGGUGGCGUGUUUACUGGGGAUUUUGGAACUGAUCUUGAUCAUGGCUUGGAUAGUCUACAAGGAAUCAUGCUGGAUCAAGGCAGCUGUAUUGAUACCUGUUGUACUUUUUGCAGGAAGGUAUGAAAAGCUGCAACGGUGGGAUGAUGCCCUUAAAGCAUACACUACAAAAUCUGCUCAAGCAACAAGUCAACGUCUUAUCUUGGAUGCUACACUAGGUAAUUCAUAUUGUAGUGUAUUUAUUCCAAAUCCCAAAUUCUUUGGAUGGAGAAAAGGGUCACAAGAAUUAUCGGAGCAGGGGUUCAAUAUUAGUCUUAAAGAAGUAUGA